AUGUUUUACGCCAUACUAACAACAUGCAGAUAUGUGAUCGCACUUGUAAUACGCAUUGAGCUAUGGAAAAUUUCAUUUGAAAACAGAACUACGACGGAAUACUUUAUUUUUUCAUUCAUAUCUUUAACCUGGAUUUUUAAGAAUCUAACGCUAUUCAUACUUUUGAGCGUGGAGUGUGAAAAAUUCUACUCAACGAUGGAAGAAAUACAGAGCACUUGUAAACAAUUUAUUAAUUGGAAUCAGCACUCAGGAAACCAGAAGAGAGUCUGCAAGAACAUCCAACGUCUUCAUAAGACCAACUUCAAGAAGACGUGUGUGUGCGGCGUGUUCUUCAUAGAUGCUGCGAUGUCUAUACAAUUGAGCAGUAUCAUCAGCACCUUCACUAUUGUUAUACUACAAUUUGAGUUUCUGUAA